AUGCAGGCGCUUAAUCGCUACCCCCAACAGAAGUUUGACAACUGCUACGAAAAAGACCGCACACCUAGCUCCUCUCCUGAGAACGGGACUCAUCACCUCUCCUUCUUCCUGGCUAGAGCCUGUGGCCAGGCCCGGCUGGGGAUCAGUGGAGUGGGGCAGGAGUGUCCAUGUCCGCCCUAUGAGGGGGCCAUGAGCUCCAUGACUGGGAUGCUGUGGGGUGGAGGGCUGGCGCCGAGCUCCAGUCUAGGAGUCCAACCAGUAACAACUCUUACCGUCCCAAAAGUACAGUUUCCUGGACACAGCCAGAGCGGACUAGGCCCUCACCUUCAUCCACACCACCUCCAUGAGCUGCCUCUCACACCCCCUGCAGAGCCUUCCACCACAGCCGCCUACGCCUUUGAGCUCUCCCCAGCAAAGAGACUCGCUCCCCACGUCCAGAGUGGUUCUCAUAACCCGUAUUUACAGCACCAGCACAGUAGCAUGGGGCAGAACCUUCCGAACCUCCUCCAAAGUUCCACAACAAGACACUCCCAUGUAGAGGAUGGUCAGCAGUGGUGGAGCCUGCCCCAGCACAGCAGCGGCCCUCAUGGCCACCACCAACCUCACGGCCAAAGCCACCAUCACACCUUUGCCCUGGGCAGACAGCUGGUGCUUGGGCACCAGCCUCAGAUUGCCACCCUCCUCCAGGGCUCCUCCAAGGGCAUGCUGGGCUCCACACGACGCUGCAGGCGCUGCAAGUGCCCCAACUGCCAGGCCAACUCAGGUAGCACAACCAACCCAGAGGAACCAGCCCAGCGGCGGCUACACAUCUGUCACAUCCCAGAGUGUAGCAAGGUGUACAAGAAGACUUCCCACCUGAAGGCCCACCUGCGCUGGCAUGCCGGGGAGCGGCCUUUCAUCUGCAGCUGGAUCUUCUGUGGGAAAAACUUCACACGCUCAGAUGAGCUGCAGAGGCACCUACGCACCCAUACAGGGGAGAAACGCUUCAGCUGCCAGGCUUGUGGGAAGAGGUUCAUGCGGAGCGACCACCUGGCAAAACACACAAAGACCCACCAGGCUAGGAGGAGCCUUGGCAGCCAGGACCCCCAGCAGGAGGUUGCACAGCCACAGGGUGUCGCCAGAGCCCCAGCCAGGAACAUCCAAAAGGAGUAGAAAGAAGACCAGGAGAUAAAAGCCGGUCUGUGCGAUGUGUUUUGUUGACACCAUCCCAAUUCUGUCUGUUUAAAUUCUAGGCCACAAAACCCUCAGAAACACAGUAAAGACAGAGUGGAGACUGAGGGUCAAAACCAGGGAUUCUAGCUAACAUGAAGGCAAUUGCAACAACUGUUGUCCAUCCGGGCCGCCAGCAGGUGGCGUGUGAUCUUCUAUUCAGCUUGUCUAGCUGACUGUGGACAACAGCAAAAAAAGCAGGAAGGCUGAGGUGGCUGAAUAUCAUUUUUACAAGGACACGUUUUACAUGGAACCAAACUGGAGACAACUGGUCUCAAGACAUCAGUCAAUACAAAUAGUUAAGGAAAUAAUGAAGUUUAAUAUCUGAAUUUGUAUUUAGUCUGCAAUUUAAUAGUACCUGCCAUGUAAAU